GUUCGCAGCGGAUUGUGUCCUCAGCAGGUCAAUAUGUCUCGACCCAGCAGCAGAGCCAUUUACCAGAACCGGAAGGACUACUCACAGAGCCUCAUCAUGGAGCCCUCUCACGUGCAGCACAGAGUGGAGCACCUGAUGACGUGUAAGCUGGGGAUGCAGCGAGUGCAGGAACCCAAGGAUGUGUUGCAGCAGCUGCAUGACAUGGACGCUCGGGGCCAGGUGUGGAGCCAGGACCUGCUCCUGCAGGUUAAGGAUGGCUGGAUGCAGCUGCUGGACAUUGAGACUAAGGAGGAGCUGGACUCUUUCCGCCUGGAAGGCAUUCAGGCCAUGGACGUGGCACUCAACACCUGCUCCUACAACUCCAUCCUGUCCAUCACCGUGCAGGAGUCAGGAUCUGUGGGCAUCAGCACUCUGCUCUUCCAGUGCCAGGAAGUGGGGGCAGAGAGACUGAAGAGCAGCCUGCAAAAGGCCGUGCAGGAGGAGCUAGAGCAGAGGCCUCGUUUUGGAGGUCAUCGGCCAAGCCAGAACAGAUGGCAGGGGCCUCCCCUGGAAAGGCCCAUUCCUGUGGAGCAGAGAUUCUCUCAGCAAAGGAGCUUCUCUCAAGAGCAGCCUUACAGGAUGGCACCAGAGGAUAAUGCCUUAUCAUCCCCGAGGCCACUGUCACGCCAGUCCAGUGUCCAUGAGCCAUUUUCCACCAGGCGGUCUCCCUCCCCAGAGAACCAGGAUCUGGUGAGCGAUGAGAUGGAGCUAAACAGUGUCCUGGAAGACAUCGAAAUGUUUCUGAAAAAGGUAGAGGCCCAAGGAAAGACCAGUCAUAAGAAGAAACAUAAGAAGAACAAAGAUGUGAAUCGGGGCGGUGUGACUGAGGCUCAGUAUGUGGACUGCUUCCAGAAGAUCAAGCACAGUCUCAACCUCCUGGGAAAUCUGGCCCAUAGGCUGCAGCAUCCAGGGGCUCCAGAGUUUGUGCACAUCCUCUUCAAAACUCUUGACACUUUGCUAUCCUACUGCCCCCAGUCCACUCUGGCAGCUCAAGUCAUCUCUCCUCUCCUCACCUCCAAAGCCAUCAACCUGCUGCAGACCUCCCUCAGCCCGACAGAGAGCAUGUUCUGGAAGGGGCUGGGUGCUGCCUGGACCACCAGUCGGGACAACUGGAAAGGCAAUGAGGCCCUGCCUUCCAAACCCGUCUUCGCCAGUGACCUGCAGGGUCCAAGGCCCUUCAACCAGGCACUCCCAGAAAACCAGGACCCAAUUGCUUCUCGCCCUAGGUUAGGAAGCAGCUCACGCUUUUAUCAAGAGGAACCCUACAACAAUGGCUCCAAUGGGCUAGGCAAGCCAACUGAGAGAAUGCAAGUUCUCUAUGAGUUUGAGGCAAGGAACCCGCAAGAACUUUCUGUCGUCCAGGGAGAGUUGCUUGAGGUUCUGGACAAAAGCAAGAAAUGGUGGCUGGUGAAGAAUGAGAAGGGACAGAAGGGCUACAUUCCCAGCAACAUCCUGGAACCCCUGGAGUCAGGCGAGCCCAGGAGGCAGAGCCAGUCCCCACCCUGGACACCAACACUGCGACUUAGUUCUAAGCCUGAGGAGGUCACAAGCUGGCUGGAGGCCGAGCACUUCUCCCCCAACACUGUGAGAACUCUUGGACACAUGAAUGGCCAGCAGCUACUUCACUUGAGACCCGGGGAGGUACAGAUGUUGUGUCCACAGGAGGCCCCAAGGGUCCUGUCUCGCCUCGAGGGCAUCAAACGAAUGCUGGGGGCACAUUAUAAAGUUCCAUGA